AUGCGUUUAGUAGACCCGAAGGACUUGAAAGCGGUUGAACCCAUCGAUCACGAUGGAUAUCAUCCGGCGGGGAACUCAAUCUGUCACACUCCAGAUGGAUCGCCAAUGGAAGGCGCUCCUUCUUACACACUUACACACUCACCAAUUGCGGUGGCCAAGAAUGUGGAGCAAUCACAGGGAACCGGUGUUGCGGGUCAACAAGAAAGCCCACACUGGAUAUCCCGAGGCAAAGCGUAUGAAUCAGGAAGCUCUGGGAACCUCAAUGGAGAAACCAAACCGGAACAGAACCAGGAAGUUGGGUAUUCGGGCCAUUUGGAUUUGAGACCAGAAAACAAUCAACCAAGAGAACCAGAACAUCCCGAUUCCCAUGUCCAAGAACUAACAGUAGAAGACAUGCCGCCGUACGUGCAAUUGAUAGUCGCAUUCGCAACGGAAAGUCUCAAUCUAUUUGAGAAAGUAGUGGACCUUACUGCUGAUAUGUCACCAUCAAAAAUCAGUAGAAAGGCCGCCUUGAUUUCAGUUCCUAUGUGCUUGAUAAUUUUCUGCGCUGUCCAUUACCUUUUGUCUCUGAAAGUAGGAGAAUCCAGAAUAUUGUAGACUAUUAAGUGAAAAAGCGGCAUGAGAUUGAUCAUAA